AUAUGUAACCAAAUUUUACCAAAUAGAUAUUGAUAUGUAAAGUUCGGAAGAAAAUUUAAAUUUUAAACUUUAAAAAUGAUUAACUUACAUAAAACGCUAUACUAAAAUGUCUACGAAAUUGCCAAAAGCAACUUUGAAUUUAAAACAGUUUCUUCUGCGUCAAGAAGUAUUAAGAUUAUAUAGAGACAUAAUCCGUACGAUACGACUCGUGCCCGAUGAACUGACCAGAAUCGAACUUAAGCAAUGGGCUCAAUCUGACUUCAAGAACAAUAAACAUCAUACAGAUGAAACUACAAUCAAAACCAUGUUGCACUAUGGAAAAAAAACACUAAAGGAUUUGCAACAUACACUUGCUUUAAGUCAAAGCUAACAUAAACUACAUAAUUAAAUAAAUCAAAAUAUAUAUUAUCAUUUUAAGAUAGGCUGUUUGUAGAUUUUCUGAAGUUUUACAUUAUAACAAGUAGUGAUGUUUCAAUUGUGGUCAUAUCGGUCAAAUAACUUUUUUUAUAUUUAAAUCCAUUUAGUUCAUCGUAGUGGUCAAACAAGUGUUUAAUGGAAGUGAGUAGUUAAUUUGUAAUCUUAAAUAUUCAUUUAGAAAAAAAGCCAGUCAGCAUAACAUCAAAAACAAUAAGUAAUACAUGUCAGUUCUAAAUACACACUCUUCACCCUAAAGAAAGUUAAAAAACUGAACUAAAUAAAAGUGCAAACAAAGUAAUGACACAAAUGCUACCAUUAUAUUAUAGUGAUAUUAAAUCGAUAAUACCAUUCAGAAACAUAUAAAAAUUAUAAACUAUCACAGUACUGUAUAACACUAACAGAAACAUUUCAUUAAUUUAGACUAGAUCUAACAAGACGAUUAUGUAUAUAGAUAAUAAAUAGUAUGGAAAUGUUUAAAUAAUAAAUUUAAUAUAUGAAAUUUUACAAUAACCAA